GAGAGCCCGGGCGAGGGGGAGGGAGUGUAAAUAGAGCGAAGGCAGCGCCGCGUCGGCUCCGUCACCUCCCGGGAGGCCCGCGAGGAGGCCUGGAGGGAGAUGGAAGAAGAUGAACAGGAGCAGCGGCGCAGAAAGGUGGAGGCCGGAAGAGCGAAGCUUGCUCACUUCCGACAGAGAAAAACAAAAGGUGACUGUGCGCAUUCGAAGAAAAAGACGGCGAAGAGGAAGAGCUCGACUGUCGAUGCGCCUGUCCAGGAGGAGAGUCCGGUAGCCAACGAGGACAGUGGAUUCCUGGGAGGAGGGGACGUUUGCAAAGCCACCUCAUGCAGUGACGCCCCUGAUGGGGCAGCAGCAGCUCAGCUGGAGAACCCUGAUGGAGCAAGUACAGAGGACUCAGAGCAGCCCUGGCAGAAGCUGGAUGGGGACGGUUCAGAACAGCCUGGGGUCCUCACAAAGGAGUGUGAACAAGAAUGUAAACCUGAAAUUGCUGAACUGAUGAGCCGACAUGAAGACGAGACUGACAGGAAGCAGUGGUCAAUGGUGCGGCUGUCCGCAGAGAUGCAGCAGGUACAGCUGCAGACCCAGCCAGUGCCGCCCCUGGAGCUGGAGGCGUUGCGCUUGAGUCUGAGCAACAUGCACACAGCUCAGCUGGAGCUGACGCAGGCCAACCUGCAGAGGGAGAAGGAGACGGCACUGAUGGAAUUGCGGGACAUGCUUAAUGGCCGGCAUGCCCAGGAGCUGGCCCUGCUGCAGAACCGCCAGCUGCUGGAGCUGGAGCUUGUUAGGGAGCAGCAUGCACGUGAGCGGGAGGAGGCGGCACUGCGGUGCAGCCGUGAGACAGCUGAGCUGAAGGAGAAGUUACAAUCAGAAAUGGAGAGAAAUGUCCAGAUAAUAGAGACCCUGAAGCAAGACUGGGAGUCUGAAAGAGAUUUAUGCUUAGAAAGCCUACGCAAAGAAUUAUCUGCAAAGCAUCAGUCAGAAUUGGAGAAUUUACAAAGCCAGUUUAAGAAAGAAUUGGCAGAACAGAAAACUGAGCUGGAGAAGAUUUUUCAAGCCAAAAAUCAGGCAGAAUUGUCCCUCCAGGCUCUGCAGGCUCAACAUGAUGCUGCUCUGAAGAAGCUCCAGGAAGACCUGCAGUCUGAGCGCUGCCGGCACGCGGAGGACCUGGACCUGAGAGUCAGAGAGAAGGAAAGAGAAAAACAGCUGGAGUUGGAGAACCUUCAAGCAUCUUACGAAGAGCUGAAGGCUCACUCACAAGAGGAAGUCAGGCGCCUGUGGUCCCAGCUUGAGUCCACGAGGACUGACAGACAGGAACUGAGUGACUUACGUGAGCAGCUCCUGGCUCGAGCGUCUCACGUGGAAGAAUUAGAACACCUGCAGCGAGACUUUGAGCAGCAGCAGCAACGGGAGAAAACUGAGCAUGAGUCAGAACUGGAGCAGCUGAGACUUUACUUUGAAAAGAAAUUGAGGGAUGCUGAAAAAAAUUACCAGGAAGACCUGACUCUGUUACAGCAGCGGCUGCAGGAGGUGAGGGAAGACUCUCUUCUGGAGUCUGCGGAGAUCAGUUCAUCCAGUGCGGUUUUAGAAGAGACUUCUGAAAAAGAAAGAAGAGACGACCUCGAUCAGCUCAGCUUCCAUCUGGAGCAGCAUGAGGAGGGCCUGUGCUUGCAAACUCAGUUAGAAGAAAGCCCACAGCACCAAGUGGCAGCCCAACAGGAGGCGGACCUUGUGGGGACCCAGGUGUUGGUACAGCCUGUGGGGCUCUUGGAAGAGCCCGGCCCAGAGCUUGCUUGCAUGCAUCUUCGGGGUGUGCAGGGCCCAGCCGUGGAGGUGGAGACCAAAGUGGCAACAACAACCUUGGGUUUGGAAACGGAGGUUAAACUCUCAAUGCUUCAAACAGAGCUCCAAGAAGAAAUCAAUCUGUUAAAAAUAGAAAACCGAAAUUUACACGAGAAGCUGCAGUGGGAAAUCCGCCUGAAAGAGGACUUGGAGAAAGGAAAACAUAAUUUAGUUGAAGAUCAUCAGGAAGAACUGAGAAAAGCUAAGGAGCAGAUUCAGCUAAUGAAACAAGAACUCAAAGAAAAAGAAGCAGGGUGGAAAGAUACAAGUGAAGCCCUAAAGAGAGAAGCUGAAGAGAAGUUAACCCUGAUGCUUCUUGACCUGAGAGAACAGGCUGAAUUGGAGAAACAGUCAAUAAUAAAUGGGUUUGAGCUUCGAGAAAUUGAAAUGAGGCAACUCCAGGAUCAGCAGGCUGCCCAGAUCCUGGACUUGGAGGGGUCCCUGAAGGAGCAGCAGGGCCGCCUGAGGCAACUGGAGCUUGGCCUUCCUGGGGACGAGUCUCUGCAGAGCGGCCAGGAGCCGAGCAGUGGACUGGCCCUGGUGGACCAGGACCAAGACCUGGAGCUUGCUCCCCCCCAUCUGAAGAAGGACUGUGCCCUUCAGCUGAUGCUGGCCCAGAACAGGUUUUUAGAACAACGUAAAGAAAUCACAGAGAAAUUCACUGCAGAACAAGAUGCCCUCCUACGGGAGGCCCAGGAGAAGCACGCCAGCGAGCUCCAGCUCCUGCAGGAGAAACACCAGCAGCACGUUCUGUCCCUGACAGCAGAACUCGAGGCCAAGCACCAGGCCAGUGUCGAGGAGCUAAAGGCUAUGUUCCAGAGAGAGCAGUGGGCUCUUUCAGAAGCUCGUGUGGCUGAACUGCAGACAAAACAUGCUGCUGAAAUCCAUGCUCUGGAGACGAGACAUUUGUCACAGCUGGAUUCUGUGGAGUCCUGUUACCUGUCUGAAAUUCAGGCCCUCCGGGAUGAGCACGGGCGGGCCCUAGAGCUGUUGCGAAGAGACCUUGAGGAACAACUGCAGAAAAAGGACUCUUCUCACCAAAUGAUUUUGACUCAGGAGUUAGAGAAACUUCAGCGGAAACAUGAUGAAGAGCUUGAAUCUGCAAAGGGCAGCUGGAAAGCUGAACUGAGCACUGAACACACUGAGAGUUUGAGGGCCCUGGCUGCAGAGCUUCGAGGGGCUCACCAGGGUGAAUUUGAACGUGGAAAGGAGGCUGCUUUGCAUGAGAAAGAGGAGAUGCACAGAUUGGAGUGGGAGCGGGCGCAGUCUCUUCACCAGAAAGAGAAGGAGUCUCUGUCCCUGCAGCUUCAGGAGAAAAGCAACCAAGUUCUGCAGCUAAAAGACCAAAUUUUAUCCUUAAGUCAUGAGAUAGAAGAGCACCGUUCAGAACUGGAGACACUACAGCGAAGGCGGGACAGGGAGAACCAGGAAGGCACGAACCUCAUCUCGAUGCUCAAGUCUGACGUGGACCUUUCUCACAGUGAAAGGAUCGCUCUCCAGGAUGCCCUUCGGAGGCUGCUGGGCCUAUUUGGAGAGACAGUGAAGGCUGCCAUCUCCCUGAAGAGCCGGAUCAGUGAGCGCGUGGGGCUCUGCCUGGAGGACGAGAGUCUACCCGACGCGAGGCUGGAGGGCCAGGUCCCGUCUGUAGCGCCAGCACUGGAUGAGACGUGGCCUGGGCUUGAUGUGGCCCCGCCGGAACUGGAUAGAACUUUGACUGAAUGCACUGAGGUGUCUUCCAUGGCUGAGAUCAGCAGCCACAUCUGUGAAAGCUUUUUCAUGAGCCCGGAAAGUACAUUGGAGUGUGAGCAGCCCGUCAGGAGCAUCUACCGGAGCCGGCUGGCGGUGGAUGGCCUCCUGGAGAUGGUUCUGGACUCCUCUAGGCAGCUGGAGGAAGCACGUCAAAUUCAUGCUCGUUUUGAAAAAGAAUUUAGCGGUAAAAAUGAGGAGACAGCCCAGGUUGUUAGAAAACACCAAGAGUUACUGGAACGCCUGGAGGAGGAGAACUCAGCCAAGACUCGGCUGACACUGGAGCUGCACAAGGCAGAAGGCAUCAUUGAGGGAUUCAAAGUGGAGAAGGCCAACUUGCAGGAGGCACUAGUCCAGAAGGAGACGUCUGAGCAGGGCCUCGUGGCUGAGCUGGAGAGCCUGAAUCAGCAGCUUCAGCGGGUGACUCGGCAGCAGGCAGAGCUGAAGGAGGAGAACGCUGUCCUGUGUCACCAAAAGGAGGUGGCGGCCACAGAAGCAGAAGAGAGAGAGGCUGCUCUUCGGAGGGAAGUGGAAGCUGCCACCACAGAGCGGUUGGAGACCAGGCAGCAAUGUGAGAAAGACCGGGCGACUCUGCUUGCCCAGGUGAAGCUCCUGGAGGCCGAGCUGGAAGAGCAGCUCUCACGCCAUCAAGCAUGCGCCUCACAGGCCGAGGAGCUCAGCGCCCUGCGGCAGCAGAUGGUGUCCCUGGACAAGCACUUGCGCAGCCAGCGGCAGUUCAUGGAUGAGCAGGCCGUGGAGAGGGAGCAUGAGCGGGAGGAGUUCCAGCAGGAGAUCCAGCGGCUGGAGGAGCAGCUUCACCGGGCAGCCCAGCCGCAGGCCCGGGGCCCCCGCGACAGGAAUCAGGCACAGCUGGAUGAGGAGGUUGAAUUGUUACAGGAAAAAUUGAGAGAAAAAUCAGAUGAACUUAAUGAAUUGGUGCUGAAGAAAGAAUUAGCAGAUAGACAAGUAUUGAUCCAGGAAGAGGAAAUAAAACAUCUGGAGGAGACAAAUGCUGAUACCAAGAGGAAAGUGAUCCAGCUCCAGGAAGAACUGGAGAAGCAAAGAAAAGCUAUGAAAGAACUACAACAGGAUAAAGAGGCAUUACAGCAACAGCAGAUGAGUAACUUGCUUCUGGUGUCCACAUUGCAGUCUAAACUAGAUGAGGGCAAAUGCUCUGUGCCUCCUGUGGACAGCUGCCCCGAGGGCCCAGAAAUCCAGUUAGAGGCCGUGCAGAGGGCACUCUUGCAGCGGGAAAGCGAGGUUUUGGACUUAAAAGAACAAUUAGAAAAGAUUAAAGAUGACUUAGUUAAUAAAAAUGAAGAAGUACUACAUCUGAACUUAAAAUUAGACCUGCAGAACAGCCAUGCUGCCAUCAGCGUCAGAGAACUACAAGAAGAGAAUGCCAAUUUGAAGGCAUUUCUGCAAAACAAAGAAAAGGAGAUACUGUGUAUGAGUGAGCAGCUGGAGGCACAGCUGGCUGGGAUGGGAAGUGGCGCUCUCAGCGAGGUUAUGUAUAGUAGAAGCUCUGAAGUCGAGGAGCUGAAGUCCAUUAUUGAGACUUUGCAGGAGAACCAGGAGCGGCUGCAGAAGGAUAAAGCAGAGGAAAUUGAGCAACUGCACGAGGUCAUCGAGAAGCUGCAGCAAGAGCUGUCCCUCGGGGGGCCUGCCAGGCACGAGCUCAGUGACAGCCAAGCUGAGGACCUCCAGAGCGAGCUGGAGCGUGGGCUGUGCCGCCUGCAGGCUGAGGGAGCUGAGGCCCAGGCCACACUGCAGGCCGAGCUCCAGGAUGCGCUUGAGGCCAAGGAAGCCCUGAGCCAGCUGCUGGCUGAGCAGGAUCACCAGCAUGGCCAGGCCCUGGAGGCUCUGCAGCAGCGCCUGCGGGUUGCAGAGGAGGCUGCCGCGAGGCAGCUGGCCCAGUUGAAGUCCAGCGCUGCCCUCCGGGAGGCUGAGGUCCAGGGCUUGGCCUCUCAGAUUCAAGAAUUUGAGGCUACACUCAAAGCAAAGGAUGCAGAGAUUGCCCAGAGGGAUUUGGAAAUUGAGGCUAUAAACAGAAGGCGCGCAGCCCACUCCACAGAACUGGAGGCCAUCCUGUUGGCCUUCACCUGCCUCCGCCGCACCCUGGAGCAGCAGCCCCUGGGUGCCACACACGAGCCCCCUGAGCUGAAGCGGCUCCGAGUGCAGUGUGUCCGCCUCAGCCAGCAGCUGCAGGCACUGAACCAGCGGUUUCUGAGGUGCCAGAAGGAGCUGGAUAAGCAGCAGGCGUGUGGGACCCCCGUGCUUCAUCGUGUAAACGGCAGCUUCCAGGGACCCGUGGCCAGGAGUGAUGAGACCUUGUGUGAUGAAGAGUCGGAACAGAAUGUGGGUGGCAGGCAGCUACCUGGGGCCUCCCGGGGUGAAGGCGAUGAUCCACAGAGUCCAGUGAAAGAUGAUCUGCAGCCUGCCAAAGACCCGGUGACGGUAAACCACACCGGUCUCCACAAACAGGACAGCAUGAUGUCGAUGCUCACGGUCUGCCAGAGGCAGCUGGAGUCUGAGCUGCUCCUUGUGAAAAAUGAAAUGCACUUGAGUGCUGAGGACUAUGGCAAAGCAUCAGGGACAGUGAAGGAUAAAGAAAAACUACGGGAGUGUAUUAAGCUGCAGAAAGUUGAUCUCAUAACUCAGGUGAAACAGCUUCAAGAAAAACUGAACCGUCUGGUAUAUUCUAUGAACUUCCAGAACAUUGAGACAGAGGAUUUCAACUCUCAACAGUCAUUGGCAUUUUCUCAUGUUUUAGAAAACAGUUUGAAUGGUAGUUCCAACGGUGAAGAAACUGACAAAUUGCCUCCUGUUGAUGAAUUUAAUACCAAUAAAAUUGCACAGGAUGUAAUUGACAUUAUUGGAAAUCAGGACUCAUUGAUAAGAAAUGAAAUGCCAAAUGUUCCCAUGGAAGACAAGGUAGAUUUGCAGGAUGGGUCACUUUGUUUACAGGUGAGCUUGCCGAGUAGCUCCCGUGACUUAACCUACACCGAGGAGGCUGAACCCUUGAAGAAUGCACUCAGUGCGAUGGACCUGUCCUCCUGGAGCUCCCCCGAGGUUGUCAGGAAGGACUCAAUGCUCGAGCCAUCACCCAGCCUGCCCCUGACACCCUGCUUGGACGUCCUGAGCCAGCACAGCCUGGAUAUCUCCCUGAGGGAACGGACGAAUGCCUCAAUGCUCCAGGCUGACCAGUCGGGGCUGCUUUGUUCCCUUGGUGGGUCAGCACCAGAAAAGGCCCCUUGUUGGGCAGAGUCUUCGUUGGCCGCAGACAGGGCUCCCUCCGCUGAUCCUCAUGUGCAUCGUAUGGUUGUGGAGAAAGAUGUUGAGGAUUUUAUCAUAACGUCUCUUGAUUCUCAAGAAAAGUCAAGAUCAUCUCCUCUUGGGUUAGAAGGCAAAAGCAAUGGAAGUGAAAACAGUGAUGGCUUCGGGUGUGGAGAGAUACUAAACCAAGGUUCAGGAGGACUUGAAACUCCCACUGUUAGUCCUGCAGUACCGUCCCCCGCCUCAGGAAGCUUCCGACAGCCACUGGAAGCCAUGAAGGAGAAGGAAGUCCACCCGAAACAAGUUAAGGCUUUGCUGCAGAUGGUGUAUGAUGAGAGCCACCACAUCCUGGCCCUGUCCGAAUACCAUGGAUACCCCAGCGCAUUCAGCAAGGGCGAGCCAAGCACACCCAUCAAGCACUACCUGAGGGGUGGCCAGGGCCUGUUGGAGGCAGUGCCAGCUCUGAGGGGGCACCUGACCCCAGCACCCCAACAGGCAGAGAAGGAGCUUUCUGACACCUGCCUUGACUGGAGAGGAGAAUUCCUACAGGUAGUCCAGGAGGCAUUUGAAAAGGAGAGAGAGAUGCUGACGGUGGAGCUGCAGCCUCAACUUGGCGGCUCUGACCCUAAGGCCCACGGUGCUCUGGUGGAGAGACUGCAGAAGGUGGUCCAGGAGCAGGGGGACCUGCAGGAGAAGUCCUUGGAGCACCUACGUCAGUCCGACAGGAGCAGCUUGCUGUCCGAGAUCCAGGCCCUGCGGGCCCAGCUGCGGCUGACGCACCUGCAGAACCAGGAAAAGCUGCAGCAGUUGUGCGCAGCGCUGACCAGUGCGGAGGCCCAUGGGAGCCGGCAAGAACACCAGCUGCGCAGGCAGGUUGAGUUACUGGCAUAUAAGGUUGAGCAGGAAAAAUGUAUAGCGAGUGAUCUACAGAAAACCCUCAAUGAAGAACAACAGAAAGCAAAUAACGCCCGAAAGCUGCUAGUGGUGGAGCAGAAUGCAGUCAAAGCUUUGAAAUCGGAACUUUGUGAGUGUAAACAGGACAAUGAGAGGCUGCUGAAGUCCCUCAAUGACGUGCAGAGGGAGGUUCUCCAGCUGAGGUCUGUACUAGACAGCAAGGAGAACGACCUGAAGGCCGCACUCCAGGAGCUGGAGAGCGAGCGCAAUAAGGAGCGCGCCCUGCAGAGCCAGCUGGAGCAGGAGCAGCUGGAGCACCUGCAGAGGGAGGGCCAGGACUCCAAGGCCCUGGAGGAGUUAAGAAUAUCUUUGGAGAAGCAAUACGCUCAGAAUAAUCGACUGUGUGUAGCAUUAAAACACGAGCAGACAGCAAAGGACAACCUUCAGAAGGAGCUGCAAAUUGAGUCCUCCCGCUGUGAGGCAUUAUUGGCGCAGGAGCGGAGCCGGCUCUCCAAGCUACACCGGAACCUGGAGGCUGCACAGGGCCGUUCGCAGGAGCUGUCUGAGGCCUUGCAGCACGAGCGAGUCCUGACGGAGCAGCUGAGCCGGCGGGCACAGGAGGCCUGUGCUCACCAGGAGACACAGGCACACCGUGCUCUGCUGCGGAAGCUGAAGGAGGAGACGACCCGGGUGGCGGAGCUGCAGGCAGCACUGGAGAAAGUGCAGCAGCACGCCAUGUGCACCCAGCAGCAGCUGGAGGCUGAGGUGCAGAGGCGCUGUGCAGAGCUCGAGAGAGAGAAGGAGGUGAGUGCCAGGCUGAGGUCCACUGUGCAGGCCCUGCGGACCCCCAAACCAGAGCUGAGCUGUGAUCGGGACAGGGAGAGGGAGAAGCCCACACAGCUGCAGGCAGAGUUAGAGCAGUUACACACGAGGCUGGCAGAGCAAGAAGGACUCAAGGACAUGAGCAGAAGAGUGGAGACAAGGCAGAGCCGGGCAGACACGGACAAGUGGAAGAAGUGGCAGAGAGACAAGGAGAAACUGAGAGAGUUGGAAUUGCAGCGCCAGCGCCACGAGCACAAGAUCAAGCAGCUUCAGAGAAAGAUGAGGGAGCUGGAGGCCAGGGAGGCGGCGCACCUGUCCCCGGAGUCGGAGCAUCUCCGAGAGCAGCAGCAGGGGCUGGAUUCGAUUCGGCAGCAGCUGCUUUGUGCGGCAGGGAUGCUGACCAGCUUCAUCAACCAGACCGUAGACAGGACAGUUAAUGAUUGGACAUCAUCAAAUGAGAAAGCAGUGACAUCUUUAUUUCGGACAUUAGAAGACCUCAAGUCCCAGCUGAGCACAUCUGGCUCUCCCCAGAAAAAAAUGACAGCAGACGUCCAGGUCCAGCUGGUGGAUGUGUUGCUGAAAGAAAAUGAUUCUCUUACUAAUGCUCUCAGCACUGUGACCCAGGAGAAGGCAGAGCUGUGCAGAGCAGCGUCCCGGCUGGAGAAGACUCUCAAGCAUCACCUGCUGAAGGGCUGUGCGCUCAGUAGGUCAGACAGGAGGAGGGACAGGACCGUCCUGCACAGCUCACCAGGACUUGCAGACCCAGGACUGUCCGCUCCAGCUUCCAGGGAGGAAGCAAACACCCGCAAUGUCAAGAUGGAAAAAUUGUACCUGCAUUAUUUGAGAGCAGAGAGCUUUAGAAAAGCUCUGAUUUAUCAGAAGAAGUAUCUUUUACUUUUGAUCGGUGGAUUCCAGGACUCUGAACAAGAGACGCUCUCCAUGAUCGCUCAUUUAGGAGUGUUUCCUUCCAAAGCAGAUAGGAAAAUCACCACAUCCCGGCCUUUCACCAGGUUCCGAACAGCUGUCAGGGUGGUGAUUGCAAUUUCAAGAUUACGUUUUUUGGUUAAGAAAUGGCAAGAAGUAGAUCGGAAAGGAGCUUUGGUGCAAAGCAGAGCACCUCACCCAGGAUUCCUGGUGCCACGGCAACAGAUGACUCCACCAGAAACCAGUGAAUCCCUACCUGAUACCAGCGAAUCCCCACCCGAAACCAGCGAAUCCCCACCAACCCGGGACGUAUCUUUCAGCCACACCCGGGACCCUGUGCCAAAAGCCUCCCCACGCAGGAGGGAAAGGUCCAAUCCAUCUCCAAAUUCAAGGUCAGAAAGAUCCCUGACUGCUUCUCAAGAUCCGGAACGUUCUUUGACAGAAUAUAUUCAUCAUUUAGAAAUGAUCCAGCAAAGACUAGUGGGGCUACCACCAGAUUCCACCUCAAAGAAAUCCUGCCGUCAGAAGAAUAAACAAUGAAUAAAGUCCUGUGGCUCUUACCAGUGGCAGUUCUGCUUGA